AUUGUACAGGACUUAGCUGAUGUUCCUUGCUUCUGUCCACGUUUACUGUGGUGUAGUGUAGUAUUCAGGCGUGGUUGGGCAUUUGGCACGUCAGCGUGGCAUAGCGCAGGUAGGCGUGGAGAGUCGCGCGCCUGCACUCGAAAUCCGGUACGGUCGUUUGAUGGAAAGUAACUACUGCUUGAAAGCGGACAUAAGUUUUCAGACUGAAGAAGACAGUGACAGAUUCUCGCAAGAAAGCGACACUUUGACAUAAAGGAUAGCGGUUACUGUUUGAGAUUAUAAAACACGCCACAGAAUGUAUUUCUAACUGCUGGACUUUGCUCCUGUGAUGGAUUUUAUGAGAAGGAAAUGCCUGAUAUGCAUGACUCAACGCAUAGGUGUUUUCCUCCUUUAAAACUUACCUAUCCAAUGCCAUACGCAAAACUUUAUUACCACUAAAAAAGACCCCUUUGUCUCAUCUUCUAUGGAGCCCAACCAGGAGAUCACUAUGUGGCUAACUGAACUGCAUUUGCCCCAGUAUGCCACCAGCUUUACCCUGGCCGGCUACCAUUUCCUAAAAGACCUCAGGAACCUAAAUGAGGAGAAGCUUCUGGAGAUGGACAAUAUCCCCACAGGACAUCGGCGGAGGAUACUAAGCAGCCUGGAGACUCUAAUGAUGGAGGUUGAGGGAAGUUCUGUCAAAGUACCUGUAAAGAGAAAGCCAAUCCCAAGGCCUAGGCAAGUGCUUUCCAAGGAUAAGCAGAAAGAAGCAUCAACUUAUCAGCAUGCGCAGGCCGGAAACGUCCAGAUGACAAGGCAGACUCUUCCUGCAAGGACUACUGCUUAUUCAGGGACGAUGAAUGUUGGUUCUCAAACACUUCCCAGGAUCAAAUGUCACGCUGCUUCCUCAGGUUCAAGCUCCACCUCUGAUAAUGGCAGCAGCGAAUCACUGGAGAACUUUACAGAAGAUCAUGUUACAAAUAAAAGUGGUGGUUUACCUGCAGAUGGAGCUGCUUUAGGGUUUCAGGGAGAAAUGGUUGAAAAUGAAAUCUACGAGGAGUGCCUGUUUGCUACUGUCCCCUCCGAGCCGAGGUCCACCCGCUCCUUUAAACUACGACACAGGCCUGUACCAGAGAUCCCUGAACAUCCCUUCAUACCUUCUUAUGACCGGAAUGUUGCUGGAAACAACAACACUGACCAUCUCACAAGAUCUGAGGGACUAAUCUUACCCCCAAGCCAUCAAAAAGCAUCACUGGAAAGGACCUUGUCCCCCAUUUCCCCAUAUGGAGAACUUUUUCUUUUCAAUUCAGCAGAAAAUGUACUGGAUUUGAGCAAAGAUGAAAUGUCCAAUCAGGUAAAAGAGACCCUGGAACAACAGAAGCUGAGACACAAGCAGACACAAGCCAAAGAAAAAGUACAUUAUAACAACAAGCAAGACCUUUCCAAGCAACACAUCGAUGAUGAUAAGAAUGUUGAUGAAAAUGAUUAUGAUGAUUACUCUACUGUCCAAGCAUCCAGCUUUUGUCAGCAAAUUACUAAUGAACAUCCCACACCUCCUACUCUUCUCUCUAGCACUGGACCCUCAGCUGUGUCAGCCCAGUCACAAGCAGAUGUAAAUGUUAUAUACAGUUUGGCACACGAUGACCAACCAGGUCUCCUGAAACCCAGCGUUCCUCCUCGAACUGACCUGUCCAUUUCUCCAUACGCCUGCUUCUAUGGGAUCUGUAAGACUGCAACCAAAGCCGGCUGGCUGGACAAACUCUCCCCUCAAGGGAACUGCGUCUUUCAGAGGAGAUGGGUGAAGCUCGAAGGAGGAAAUCUCACCUACUACAACAGCGAGAAGGAGAUGUACUCAAAGGGCCUGAUACCCCUUUCAGCAGUUAAACAAAUCCGUGCUUUGGGUGAGAAUAAGUUUGAGGUGGUCACUACUUUAAGAACCUUUGUGUUUCGGGCAGAGAAAGAAGGAGAUCGUCAGGAUUGGCUUGAGGUUCUUCAGGCUGCAGUGAGCUCUCAGUCCUCCGUUUCCCAUCAGCCUCGCAAAAAUAACACAAACAAGAGUGGCUACGUGGAGCUGCGCGGCCUCAAAGGAAGAGUGUACCUGAGCCUCAUGGGAACCUGCUUCAGACUGUGUAAAACAGACCAGGACUUUAAUGCCGGACUUGCCAUUGCUGUGGUGGAUCUGACGGCUGCGUGUGUAAAGCAGUUUGAGAGGAAAGGAUUGGAGAUCACUACACCCUUCAAAUCCUUCUGUUUUACAGUGGAGUCGGAGCAUGAGAGAGAUGAGUGGAUCGAGGCUGUUCAGGAGUCCAUCGUAGAGACGUUGUGCAAUUAUGAGGUGCUGGAGAAAGUUUGGUUCAACAAGUCCAACAGGAAGUGUGCCGAUUGUCAGGCACCUGAGCCUGAAUGGGCCUCCAUUAACCUCUGUGUGGUCAUCUGCAAGAACUGUGCUGGUCAGCAUCGCUUCCUGGGUCCAGGUAUCUCAAAGGUCCGCAGUAUGAAGCUGGACAGCAGCAUAUGGACCAAUGAGCUCAUCGAGCUGUUUUUAGAAGUUGGGAAUAAGAAUUCCAACAGCCUCUGGGUAGCAAAUCUUCCCCCAGAGGAUGAGCUUUGCAAGCAGUCGUCAACAGAGCAGCGGGCAUCCUUUAUUCGCAGGAAGUACAAGAAGAGGAAAUACAAGAAAGUUCUGAAUGGUCUAAACACUCAGGAGGAACUCAACAAGGCUCUGUGUGCUGCAGUGGUUCUUCCUGAUGUCCUGCAGACCAUGGCUCUUGUUUUCAGCGGGGCAGAUGUGAUGUGUGCGACUGGUGACCCUGAGCUUUCCACACCGUAUCUACUAGCUCAGAAAGCAGGCCAGAGGCUGCAGAUGGAGUUCCUCUACCACAACAAGCUCUCAGAUUUUCCUAAGCUGGAAGCAAUAUGUGACAGCAGUUUUGCUGCUGAUGCUCCUUCUUUUAUGGAUGGAUUUCUCUACUGUUCUGCGAAUGCUGGCAAGGCCACACUGGACCGGAAAGGGAAACCAGAUAUGGUUCGCCGUUGGUGUACAUUGGAAGGAGGAUUUCUUAGUUACUAUGACAACGAGAAGAUCGCCACACCCAUUGGCCGGGUUGACAUCGGUGAUGUGGUGAGCUUGGCUAUCAACAACAACCAGACCAUCACCGAAACGGGGCCAGUGUUCACCUUUGAGUUGUACCUGCGCUCUCAAAGAGUGCUGGUGUUCGGAGUGGAGACCUCGGACGCACACCAAGAUUGGACAAACGCCAUAGCCAAGAGUUUUGUCCCUCCAAGGGCAGAUGCUCUGCUGAGGCAGGACAGUGAGCUGAUUGGUCGACUGUACUAUAAAGAGGGUCAUGAUCUUUAUCACUGGCGAAUCGGAUGGUUUACUCUGGUGGGCUCAGAGCUGUACUUCUGUUCUGGAGAUGAAGAUGAAGAGGAGGGAGUUCUUCAACUCAAACGCCUACAGGAGCUGACUGUGUCCACUCAUAUUGAGGGUGACGAGAACAUUCAGGUCUUACUUAUGGUGGAGAGUGGAAGGACUCUGUAUAUCCACUGCAUAACCAAGCAGGACUUUGCACUGUGGCACUCCGCCAUCCAGUUGGCAGCUGGAACGGACGGUAUGGCUCUCAGCAACCAGCAAAUGAAUAAAAAUGAUGUUCCCAUCAUUGUGGAUAGCUGCAUUGCAUUUGUCACCCAAUAUGGCUUGUGUUAUGAGGGAAUCUACCAGAAGAAGGGUGACCCGGGGCGAGUGGCUCACCUCAUCCAGGAAUUUACCAAAGACGCUCGGGUUGUUAAACUUCGGGUUCAAGAGCAGCGACUGGAGGACGUCACAGACACACUCAAGAGCUUUCUGUCCCACAGCGAAGAUGCCCUGCUGGCUAAAGAACUAUACCCUUUUUGGAUCUCCGCCCUUGAUGAACAGGACGAGAAGGUCAGAGUGCAAAAAUAUUCCUCCUACAUUCAGAGUUUGCCCAAAGUCAACAGAUCAACACUCGGUGCCCUGCUGCAGCAUUUGUACAGAAUCCAGAGGUGCUCACACAUCAACCAGAUGAGCUCACAGAGGCUGGCAUGUGUUUUCUCCUCAUGCCUCUUUCAGACGGAGGGACACACAGCUCAAGAGACUCAAGUGGUGGAAGACCUCAUCAACAAUUACAUCCAGCUUUUUUCUGUCAAUGACGAGCAGGUUAGGCAAAUGGAGAAAGAAAACAGCUUUAUCACCAGGUGGAAGGACACCACAUUCUCUCCUGCUGGUGACCUGAUAUUUGAAGCCUACCUGGAGAAAAAGGAGCCAGAGAAGUGCUGUUUAAUCAAGAUCUCUCCGAAUAUGAGGUCAGAUGAACUUGCCGUCAGCACUCUGGAGAUGAAGGGCAUGGAGGUCAAAGCUCAAGAUCUCUGGACCACGUUUGAGGUCAUUGAAAAUGGAGAAAUGGAGCGGCCCUUACACUACAAAGAGAAGGUUCUGGAGCAAGUUUUGGAGUGGAGAUCUCUGGAGGAUCCCAGCUCGGCCUUCCUGCUCAUUAAAAAAUAUUCUGGGUGUAAAAUGACAGAUUCCAACUCAGAUAAACUGAAGGAUUUCAUUAAAGGAGAGCAUCUCAAAUUCAAAGACGGUUCUUCCAAACUGCUAUUGGGGAAUAAGUUUCAGGACCGCUACUUGGUACUACAAGACAAAAAACUGCUGCUGUACAAAGACAUAAAAAGCACCAAGCCAGAAAGAGAAGCUCCAUUAAAGGCUGUAAAAUGCUACUUUGGGCUUCGAAGGAAGCUGAAACCAACCAGCAGUUGGGGAUUUACUGUUUAUACUGAAAAGCAGCAGUGGUAUUUCUGCUGUAAAGGGAAUGAUUCUCAGCAGGACUGGGUCACCUCCAUUAUCAGAAUGAAGCACGGCAGUGACUUAUGGCCUAGGGACCUAAAGCAGAGCACAUCUCUACCUUAUAACCUGAGCAGAAGGAGAACCUCCACUCAGAGCACCACACAGUCCAGCAAUAAAAACCAAAGAGAGGUUAAAGGAAAGUCGGUGCUUACUACUAGUACAGAAGAUUCAAAUACACAAAACCAAAUGGCCGCAGAUGAGGGCAUCCGACCGGACUCGCUGCAUAAAUUGGCAAGUGCUGAAGGAACUCCGGGUGUCUCCAGGCUUGAAAUGGUGAUUGAUGACACACUCCAGUCCCAACGAAGGGCAUCACUUCAACAAGACACUGCCACUCUAACCCAGAUUUCACAAAGGAAAGCCGCUAUUCCCGGCAGAGGAGUGCAGUUGCCUCAAAACCUCAUUAAUGAGCUAAGUACUGUUCUCAACAAAACAGGACGCUCUCAGAAAGAAGCCGAUUAGGAGAGACAGAAAGACAAGAGUCUUGUCCAUUACACUUCCAUGGUGCAAGAGGAAAAUCAAACUCAGACCAAACCCAAAGUAAAGCUGCCUCUAAGUAAGCAUAGUGCUAUAUGCAUUGAAGAUUUAAAGCAUCUAUGUUUAAGCUAUGUAAGUAUAUGUAAGUAUUAGCAGCUUUUUUUUAGUCAAAAUGUAUGAACAGAACUUUAAAACAUAGAUUUGCUUGAACGGGGUGUUCAUUAGACUGGGUCACACUUUAUUGUGAUGGUCUGUUUGUUUAAUUUAAGUUACUUUGCAACUUAUUUUCAUUAGAAUAUAAGUACACUGUUAGGUUGGGGUUAAGGUUUGUAUAAGUUGACAUGUACUUGCAAAGGUCAGUUUAAUGUCUGUUGAA